UAUAAUAUUAACACGAUGAACAUCAAAGUAAUCCCCAGCACCGACAGUAUGAGGUCGUCUCAGAAAAGUGGUGGUGUUUGGAUGUGACACAGCUCAAGUUACAAGGUGAUUGAGAUUCAUAACAAAAUGAGACAGCUUGGAACAGCUUAGAACAGGGAAGCAUCACCUAAUGACGUAUAACUUUAAGGAUACAGUUUAUGUACGCAACAUCAAUGAGAAGGUAUCUCUGAACACUUUGAAGAGGAAGCUCAACGAAGUGUUUGCACCUUAUGGGCCUGUGUUGUCCAUAACUGCCCACAAGAACAUAAGAAUGAGAGGUCAAGCGUUCGUGACACUUGAGGAUGAGGCGAAGGCUUCAAGAGCUAUAGAUUGCUUAAACGAUACCGUUAUUUUCCAAAAAAAGAUUCAGUGUCAAUUGGCAAAGACUAGUUCGGAUGACUCUGUUGAAAGACACCUUGGUGAAUCAGAAUUCACCGUCUAUGUCCAGGAUAGGCAGAAGAAGAAGGCCCAGCAGGAUGAAUCAUCGAUGAAGAAGUCGUCAACACCAAAAGUUGUCAAGGUUGAUUUGCAAAAUGUGCCACCAAAUAAGAUUCUAUUGAUCCAGGGAUUGCCAAACGAUAUAACAUCAGAGGAACUGACCAGUGUGUUUGAAUCUUACAAGGGCUUUGUACAAGCUCGUCUUGUCGCAGUUAAAAGGGUUGCAUUCAUUGAUUUUGAGAAUGAGCAGGAUGCCACAGUUGCCAAAGAUGAAAAUAUGGACCUGACGAUACGAGAAGUCAAGGCACAAGUGAGCUACGCGAAGAAGUGAAAUUAGUAGAUUAUCUAUACAGUGAUGAAACACCAAUGAAUGACUCCAUUAAGAAUGAUAUGUAGAU